GACGGAAGGUGGCGCAUUUUAAGCGCUGAAAUCGAGCGUACGCCUCUGGAACAUUAAUGCACCCAUCUCGCUCUCUUAUCCUACGCUCUUAUGGUUUCCUAUUUAGCUUUAUGCACAGUAUAAAUGUAAGGGGGGUAUUGGUGGAGGGGGUGAAACGAGCACCGGAGCUUACGGUAGCAAAUUCCCCGAAAGACGUCAGCGUUGAGCUCUCUCUCUCUGUUUGGCCUCCUUUCCUUCCCAUUCGCGUGCCCUGCUUUUUCGCGCACUGUCAGAUCUCUCCAUCUCUUUCUAUAUGUGUUGUCUUAGCUUUAUCGCUCUUUUUGGUAUAGUCUAAUCUUCUUCAUUUCUUGCUGCUCUCUCUCUCUCUCUCUGGUCCCAUUUACUGUGCUCUCUUUCUCUCUCGCUCUAGGCUUGGGAUAUUUUCUCGCUCUAGGGUUUGAGUCUUGAGCGUUUUUUCCAAAUUCUAUAUUCUGUUUUAAAGAUACGUCUCUGUUUCAUUGAGUUGGAGAUGCGUCGACGACGAAGCGCGGUUCUGUGUGGUUAAGAGGGAAUAUACAUUAUGAGGAGCUCAAGUUUGAGGCAAUGGGCAGUGGAGUAUGCAUCUGGAAAUGAAGGAGAGACAGCGUUGGAGAGCUGAGGAGGACGCAUUGUUACGAGCAUAUGUCAAACAAUAUGGCCCUAGGGAGUGGAAUCUCGUGUCACAGCGCAUGAACACACCCCUAAACAGAGAUGCCAAGUCCUGCUUAGAAAGGUGGAAGAACUACCUCAAACCCGGCAUAAAGAAAGGAUCCCUCACUGAAGAGGAGCAGCGUCUUGUUAUCCGCCUUCAAGCCAAGCAUGGCAACAAAUGGAAGAAAAUUGCAGCUGAAGUCCCAGGUCGUACUGCCAAGAGACUAGGCAAGUGGUGGGAAGUGUUUAAAGAGAAGCAGCAAAGGGAGCAAAAGGAGAAUAACAAGGCAGUUGACCCCAUUGAGGACGGCAAGUACGAUAGGAUUCUUGAGACUUUUGCCGAGAAGUUAGUGAAAGAGCGCGCCACCCCAGCAUAUCUCAUGGCCACUUCCAAUGGAGGUUUUCUUCAUACUGACCCACCUGCCGCUGCACCUGCUUUGCUACCUCCAUGGCUUUCUAAUUCCAACGGCACCUCCACAGUUAGGCCGCCCUCCCCUUCUGUAACCCUCAGUCUCUCUCCCUCAACGGUUGCAGCCCCUCCCUCGAUCCCAUGGUUGCAGCCUGAUAGAGGAGGACCAGAUAAUACCCCUCAUGUUUUUGGCAAUUUGCCGCCUCAAGGGUCAGUACCCGGUUGCGGAGAGAGCAUGCUGAUAUCUGAACUAGUGGAGUGCUGCAGAGAUUUGGAAGAAGGGCACCGUGCUUGGAUGGCGCACAAGAAGGAAGCAGCCUGGAGGUUAAGAAGGGUAGAGUUGCAACUGGAAUCGGAGAAGGGAUGCCGGAGGAGGGAAAAGAUGGAAGAGAUUGAGGCAAAGGUGAAGGCUCUGAGGGAAGAGCAGAAGGUUGGUCUAGAUAGAAUCGAAGCAGAAUACAGGGAACAAUUGGCAGGACUAAGGAGGGAUGCAGAAGCCAAGGAGCAGAAGUUGGCUGAACAAUGGGCUGCAAAACACUUGCGUCUUACCAAGUUUCUUGAACAGACGGGCUGCAGACCCAGGCAUGCUGAUAAUGGCCGAUGAGGAAAAUCCAUAUAGUGGGGUGUGGGUUGUAUCAUGUUUGUCUAAAUCCUAUGCUUGAUCAUGUUGUGUCCAUUCUCCUCUUAUAAUCUAUUAUAGCUGUCUCUUUAUCUUUACUGUCUACUUAUUGGCUGGACCGACUGAAUGUAAGGCAGCAUUUGCUGAACCUGCACUACGUGCAUUUUUUCCUUCUAGCUGUAUGAUAUACUUAUAUUCAAUUGUUGCUUGAA